AUGCCAACCGCCUCGCUCAUACUCCCGCGUCCAUUCGAGGGAGAAGCAUGGAGCGGGAAAGAGCCCCUCCGCGCGCCAUCCGAAGCAUCCUUCGUCCAAGCCUUCGGCCAAAGGCUACCCAGCGCCUCAUUCAUGCAGACAUCCUGGGGCGCAGCAGCUUACUACGAGCUCCCACCUUCAACCAGCCCCCCGAAAAACACCCCCAACCCAAUUGAGCGCAUCGUUUUUGUCCACGGCGUCCAAACCCCCGCCAUCGGGAUGCAGCCUCUGGCCAGCGCCCUGCAAUCGCGCUUCCCCUAUGCCUAUUGCGUGCUGGUUGACCUGUGGGGCCACGGGCUCUCCGAUACACCGGUUGUGGAGUUCGGGCCGAUGCGCUUCCACGAGUUGAUUGACUCCUUGAUUAUGACGCUUAACUGGGACGACGCGCACUUUGUGGGAUAUUCCUUUGGUGGCUCGACUGUUGCGAGUUUUACGGCGUUGCGUUCGACGCUCGUUAAGUCUAUGGCUCUGGUUGCGCCGGCAGGUUUGCUGCGUCAGGAAGAGCUUACUGAUGAACAGAAGGGGUAUAUGCGUGGUGAGAGGGUUGCUAGGGGUGAAAUUGUUGCGGAGGCUGUUCGUGAUUGGCAGAUGAAGAAUCAUGAAGGUCAUUUACCGAGUGUGGUGGCUAUUUUUCGAGAUGGUGGGGUGUUUGAUCAACAUGAUGCGUUUAAGGAGGCUGCGGGGAAAGGUAUCCCGAAUCUAUGUGUUCUUGGGGAGUUGGAUGCCUUGUGUUCUGUGCAGGAUUUGCAUGAUGUCGGCAUGCAGAAUGUUGCGGUUGUUCCGCAGGUUGGACAUGGUGUUGUGAGGCAAAAGGUUUCAGAGGUUGCACAACUUAUUGAUGAUUUCUGGAAGAGCCUCGAGAAGGGCAAAUAG